UACGGUGGCAAGCAACCAACUGUGCAGUUUAACGUGAAAUUUGAAUAAGUUGUGCCUAAUGUUCUGUUUCCGCGAGCUACAUACGUAAAAUUGUGAAAUUCAAUUAACUUGUUGUGUACACUACAGAGUUAGGCGUUUCCCAACGACAGCUGGAUUGCAGGCUACAGAAAGGAUAGGACGAUAAAAUAAGAUUGAAAAACAAGCAGAGAUUAUCAGAACUCGGAUGGAAAUAUCUUCUUAUUACAUAAAGGAGUGUUCAAAUCGAGUUAGUUAACUGGCAAAUGCCCCGGCGAUAAAAUGUACAGAAACGUAUCUAAUAUCAUUGGAGAAAAUUACUGUCGCUUGGGCACAUGCGUGUCUCGCGAUAAAAUAUUACCAAGAAAUCAAAUUAACUUUCCUUGUGCGAAUCGGCGGAGAAUUUUAGCAAAGUUUUAUCAUAGUAAACAUGGCGUCUAUGGAUACAAACCGAAGACUUAUAAGAAAUAUUACGAAGUAUCCAGAGAAAGUCUGACGUCACGAGCUAAAUACAGCAAUUUUUACAGACUGGUCACAGCCUACAGAGAACAUGGUCACAAACAGGCAAGCAUAGAUCCCAUAUCACUGCAAACACCUAGUCCGUCGCCGGAAUUGAACCUGAAUAAAUUUGGCCUUAAUGGCGACGAAAAAGUUUCCUUUCAGGGAAUUUUGAACGCGAAACAAACGGAAGGGUCUGUAAACGUGGCGUUGAGUAUUUUGAGAAAGGUUUACGCAGGGCCUAUAGGAGUUGAAUUUAGUUACUUAGAGACUGAAGAGGAAAGAGAAUGGUUCGCGCAAAAUUUCGAAGAGGUUUACAUGGAGGCGUUGGACAGGGAUACAAAGAGGGCAAUAGUUACGGAAAUGCUGAAGAGUCAGGCUUUGGACAAAUUUUUGGCUAUAAAAUUUGUAACAUUCAAAAGAUACGGUGGAGAAGGUGCCGAAAGUAUGAUGGCGUUUUUUCACGAAUUCUUCAAGCAAGCAACAGCUGCAAAAUUAGAUCACAUCGUGAUGUGUAUGCCGCAUCGUGGGAGACUGAAUUUCUUGACCGGAAUGCUGAGGUUUCCACCAAAGAAACUUUUUCACAAAUUACGAGGCUUCGCAGAGUUUCCAGAAGACGUUAAAGCGACUGGAGACGUGACAAGUCACUUCACCUCAUCCGUUGAUCUCUCCUUCGACCAAAGAAACCUACACGUCACUAUGCUUUACAAUCCAUCCCAUUUGGAAGCUGUGAACCCUGUGUCAAUGGGAAAGACAAGGGGCGUUAUGCAGGCAGUUGGGGAUGGGGCUUAUUCUCGUGGCCAGGAUUUGGCUUGGAGCGACAAAGUACUGAAUCUACAGGUUCAUGGGGAUGCAGCGUACGCGGGUCAAGGCGUUAAUCAAGAAUCAUUGGCCCUACACGCAGCCCCACAUUUUGAAAUCGGUGGUUCUGUACAUUUAAUCGUUAAUAACCAAUUGGGAUUUACAACACCUGCAGACAGAGGAAGGUCCUCAAGGUAUUGCACCGAUAUAGCUAAAAGCAUAUCUGCUCCAGUAUUGCACGUCAACGGCGAUGAUCCAGAGAUGGUUGUUCGUGCCACGCGACUCGCCUGUCGAUACCAAAGAAAAUUUAGGAAAGAUGUAUUCGUCGACAUGAACUGCUUUAGGAGAUGGGGACACAACGAGCUCGAUGAUCCUACGUUCACGAAUCCCGCUAUUUACAAAAUUAUCCAAACACGCAAGUCAGUACCAGAUAAAUAUGCAGAAGAACUAAUAAAGGCAGAGAUUAUGACGACUGACGAAGCCAAGUCUAUAGUUUCCGAGCACACAGCUUGGCUUGCAGAGUCUCUGAGGCAAGUCGACAAUUACGUACCGGAACCGGUCUAUUUUGGCGGAAGGUGGUCCGAGAUGUCACAGGCACAAGCUAGCGUUUCCAAAUGGAAUACAGGAGUCGAUGUAGAUCUGUUAAGAUUCAUUGCAAGCAAAAGUGUGCAGUGCCAGGAAUUGGAAAUUCAUCCCCACCUUUUAAAAUCACACGUUGAAGCGAGAUUGAACAAAGUGUCCGAUGGACUAAAGAUAGACUGGGCAACUGCCGAGGCAUUGGCCUUCGGGUCUUUACUUCACGAAGGCUACAACGUCAGGAUUAGCGGCCAGGACGUUGGACGAGGCACAUUUUCGCACAGACAUGCUAUGCUGGUAGAUCAGUCAACGGGUGAUAUUCACAUUCCCCUGAACUCGAUGACCGAAACCCAAACCGGGAAGUUGGAAUUAGCCAAUAGUAUUUUAUCCGAAGAAGCGGUUCUCGGUUUCGAGUAUGGUUUGAGCAUAGCUUCACCAUCGACCCUUGCGAUAUGGGAGGCACAAUUUGGGGACUUUUUCAACGGUGCCCAAAUCAUAAUUGACACAUUCGUAAGCAGUGGCGAGGUUAAAUGGAUGAUUAGCAGUGGAUUGACCAUGCUACUGCCGCAUGGUUACGAUGGCGCGGGACCGGAACACAGUUCCUGCAGAAUGGAAAGAUUUCUCCAGCUGACAGACAGCAACGAGGAUAGACCAGACGGAGACGAUGUUAACAUGCAGCUAGCCAACCCAACGACACCGGCGCAGUAUUUCCAUUUACUCAGAAGACAGAUGGUGCGGAAUUUUAGAAAACCACUUAUCGUAGUGGCACCGAAAAUUUUAAUUCGACAUUCCGCGGCAACUUCGUCGAUGACGGAUAUGGAAACAGGGACAAGUUUUGUCAACGUUAUUGGAGACACGACGGUCAAUCCGGCUGAAGUGAAGAAGGUAAUUCUCGUCAGUGGUAAACAUUACUACGCCCUGAAUAAACACAGAGAAAUUCUCGAGGCUAAAGACGUCGCGAUCGUUAGACUAGAGAGUAUUUGUCCAUUCCCGGUUUUGGAAAUACUUGAAGAGGUUCGAAGGUUCAAGCGUGCUCGAACGUUCAUCUGGAGUCAGGAAGAACCACAAAAUAUGGGAGCGUGGAGUUUCGUAAAACCCCGUUUCGAGAACCUGUGUGGACGACAGUUAAAAUACUCCGGCAGACGGGCAAUGGCUGCACCCGCAACUGGCGUCGGACAAGUACAUCAGCAAGAGGCUCGAGAAGUCAUUGUGAAACCCUUCACUAUGGCAUAAAAUAAUUAAGAAAUUGAACAUUGUGUUCAUUUUAAAAUUGGAAAUGAGUCUCAUUGUCUCAUAUGUUGAAUAUGUAUGUAACCAGUUUUAUUGUUUGUGUAUUUGAAAGUUUGAAUGUCGUAUAAUCAUUAAUUGCCGAAAUUCCAAAACAUUAAGCAAAGAUCUGAAAACAAUCGAAAAUUAUCAAAAGAAGGACGGAUGUUGAAUUUAGAUAGAAUAUUUUUUUCUCAAACAUUUCAUUUGAUUGAUACAACAGGAGAAUAAAUACAUAUCUCAGAUAGAGCUUCGUAUCCGCAACUAAGUUAUAGUAGUACUUUCCUUUCAAUAAUUCUUAAUUAAUCGAUCUUUACAUCUAUGUCAACGAUUAUCACGGACACGUAUUUCUGAUGAGGAUUUAAAAUUUAUCAACGAAGAUACAAAAUUAGUUGAUGAUAUCAACAGUUCGGCUGUAGCCAAUAAUUUAAUUUGGAAUAUUAUCGAAGAUUACUACGAAAUAUUAUCGGUAGUUGAAUAUUUUUUAACUUUCUAUAUUGAUUACAAUAUAUCGAUGGAGAUUUGAAUAAUUAAUCUAUGACGCAUUAACCCUCCGCGUGAACACUUGUUUUUUACACCUUUUGUCUGUUCACUUCUUCUGAGUGUUGUAGGCCAGCUAACUACAUUAUCACGUUGACUACACAAGUUGGCUGACUCUAAAAUUUUGAAAUCUGAUUCUUAAAAAUUGAUAUUCAGAAACCGACUGUUCCCAGUGCUCACACAGAUGGUUAUAGAUAAAGUUGAUAAAUCAGGUGA